GAAAAUAUUUAGCUAAAGAAAACGUUGCGUCACGUGCUUGGACGUACGUGCUUGCACCCUUUUGAUAGUAGGGAAAGGAGAUUAUUUUACCCAUAGUACAUCCGUGAUCAGAUGAACAUGGCGCAGGGGAAACAGGCCGUUGUUGGAUUGUAAACAUUUCUAGACAAGAGGAUAUUUUGGAAUAAGAUCGACAUCGUGUCAUGCACGUGUGAAAUGGUCUCAAUCUCGAUAUACUGGAUCACUUCUGCUUCAUUGAUGACUACGAGGCGACCGAUUGAGUGCAGCAAAUCGAAUUGCAUUCAUAAACAUUUCUAUAGGACUUCAAACCCCUGAGCAUUCAUUGUUUUUGGAUAUCUCAACACAAAUCCUUGUUUUUAUCGUGGAUAACAUCUUCGUACGACCAAAUGGCUGCAACUGGAAACGCGAAAAGGUGUAAUGAUUUGCCCCGAGGCGUUGAAAGGUUAAAAGAGGAGCACCGAAAGGUGGUGAAAGAUUGCAGAAGUAAAAUUGAGCAUUGGAAAAAAGUGGAAAAAGACUACGAAUCUCUCCAGGAGCGUCUCAAGACCCUGCCUGACAAGUUGUCUUACGAUAUUAUGGUACCAUUUGGUCCCUUGGCAUUCAUGCCAGGAAAGCUAGUUCACACUAAUGAGUUAACAGUUCUCCUUGGCGAUAACUGGUUUGCCAAGUGUUCUGCCAAGCAGGCUGAUGCUCUUGUGGAACACAGGAAGACACAUGUGAACAAAACACUUGAUGACUUACAGAAAGUAAUGAAAAACUUUCAAAACAGGGCAGACUUCACAGAUGAUCUCAAAAAAUUGUCCGGCGUGACUGAUGGUACUGGAGAUUUUGUAGACAUUAGGGAAGAGGUGGUCAAUGAGGAGGAAAUUAACAAAGGAAAGCAUCGAUUGGCCCUCAAACCAAACUCAAAACCCAAGCAGGAGUAUUUACUGGAGCUGCAACAAGUAAAGGAUGAUGGAGAAGUAAAGAAAGGGCCGUCUGAGGAAGAGCUGUGGGCUCGACUUGAUGAAUUGGAGCUUCAAGAGGAAAUGCAGGAUGAAAGAUACAGAUUGGACAGCACAGACACUAAUGGAGAAGACACCACUUCCUCUUCCUCCGAAGAGGAGAAGGAAGCAGAUGAUAGCAACAGUGUCCAGAUUAAUGGUCAUCAGGAAGAGAGUGGAUGGGGACCCACAUCUCAGACGAACAGUAGUAUAGUCCCACAACCUGAGGUGGACGAAGAGGAUGAGUGUGAGGAGGAAACAGGAAACAGUCUUCCCACAAUCUACUUUUCUCAUACUGUGGAACCCAAAAAAGUUAGAAUCAACACAGGAAAGAACACAACUCUGAAGUUCAGCGAGAAAAAAGAACAAAAGGAACAGGCCAAACGGAAAAAGAAAAGCGGCAAAAGCAAUGGCCAUUCUCCUCAUGAAAGUUACAAGUUCACAACCCCAGCAGACAUUUAUAGGGUGUUUGUGGAUUUGGUGAACGGAGAGCCGGUGCCACGGAAGUCUAUUUUAAAGUCACGCAGCCGUGAGAACAGCGUGUGCAGCGACACCAGCGAGAGCAGCACAGCCGACUUCGAAGAGAGACGUGUUGCUUUCGGCCGCAUGCUGAGCCACGAUGAAGCCACACACAGUGACACCAGUGAUGGCAUUACAGAGGAGGACAGCCCCACAGGCAUGAGCCCACACUCCAACGGGCGCUUUGAGGCUUUUACAGGCACAGUGAUUGAAAAGGAUCCCAUGCCUUCCUCAAUUCCACAUCUAACAAUCGCCCCUCCUGCUCUACCCACAAUUCCUGAGAGAAAGCUGGAGGAGCUGGCCCCAGAAGUGCCUCAGGAGCCACCAAAGAGGAUGUCCAAAUUUAAAGCUACGCGGUUGCAGCAGAAAUGAUAGCUAAUAUCGCCAGGUCCCAGCUAUUCUGUUUUUGAAGUCCUUACAUCUGUAACAUUUUGGACUGGAAACAUGAUGUUCUGUUUACUCCCUAAUUCUUUCUCCGAGCUACACUGUUGUCAGUUAAUGCACAUAAUGCAUGUUUUUUAUUCAGAUACAGAAGCUUAAUUCAGUCUGUAGGUGCAAUAACAAUAUAAUACAAUUCGACAUACAAAUUGCUUCCUCUGUUUUUAGGACAAGCGGCGUAUUUAGCUACCUUUGGAGUUUAUUCGUUUAGAUAAUUAUAAAAAAUAGAAAUGUCUAAAUUAUGUAAACAUUAAGACAAACACAAUAUGUUUGUGAAAUCAUGGCUUAACACUACUUGUGUGUCAUGGAUUUAAUAGAUAAUGUGGAAUUUAUGAAAAUGUGGCUUUUUUGUGAGUUGAUGGUCAUGUUAAUUCAUGAAACUAUGCUUUGACCCACCUUGACAGUGAUAUGGCCGCCAGUUUCUGUCAGAUUUAAAACGUAUUUUUAUCCCGUAGGAGCUUUUCCUUUAGCUCUCUAUCAUCUUUUCUACAGUUUUGAAUUGUUUUCUGUCCAGUGUUUGAUUUCAGACCCUAUAGAUGGGCAGCAGCCUUUUUGUAAUUUGUAAAACUAUAACUGAAAUGGAUACAAGAAAUAAACGGUUGACCACAAA